AUGUCAUUCGAUGAGUCUCGCGGUCCUGUCUUCGCGGCCGCAUAUCUCCUGGACGUCAAAAUGAGCGAGCUGGUCGAGUACAUUAAGAGCAGCGGCUCCGGUAAUGGGGUGUUUAACAUCUCAAACAUUACUGGCAUGGAGAAGCUCUCCGAGAUGCAAAGCGACGAGCUGCUGCGUAGGCUAAGGGAUGCUGGCGAUGCUGCAACCGCCACACCGCAACCGGUCAACGUGAGCGCGCUAUUUUCUCGUCUGAACAACUUGGACGUGACCUCAGACGGGUUUGUUGAACGAGGGCCUCCACGCCCGCCUCCCGAGUCUAUCCGAGGAUCUCCUACUCCGCCGGUGAUGACUGGAGAGAUGGACUUUGAGAUUGGAAGCUACCAUGUGCUCCACAAACUAGGCGGCCGGGCAGUCUGCUCGAUCGAGGCGCUGUUGCAAAUUCUGGAUGACUCGGGCUCUACAGCGAGCAUCACUGCCAUUCUGCCCUGGUUUACUGAUUCAGACUCCGUAAACCGAAUAGGGCAGGUAGAAACGGUGUUCUCGAGGCAACUUGAACGCUGGUGGGACUUUCAAAAGUGGCAAUGCAGCCAGCGCGGGGACCCCAAUGGCGAUGGGGGAUUCCCUCUCUUCCUCGAGGCACGACGGGAGAUGUACGAGCGAAUGGACGCACACCGGGAGGUAGCCCAUCCCAUGUUCGAAGCGAACACAAGACGGUUAUGGCAGCUGAAGCCAGACCUUCGGCAAUGCGGUGAAGACCAAACAUUCUCCACAUACACUGCGGCUCUCAAGAGACGCCUCGCGUCUCAUAACUUCAACCGGUCCCUGCAACUACGAAAGGACCCUGGCCAGCAAAUGGAGUCGAUGACCUGGCUUGAGUAUCUCAACUUUGAACAGUGGUGGCUCGAGAAAUCCACCAGAGCCCUAGAGGCGAAGGAACCGCGAUACAGUAAAGCCUGGAAGAACCUGCCGUGGCCCUUCAGGAUUUACAGAAGGGAGUGA